AUGAGGGAUGCAGGUGCGCGCUGGGAUGGAUGUGGUUAUGCUGAGUGCGUGUGGCUGGGCUGGGAUAGGACCGAGGCGGGAGAAAGGGGGGUGCGGCGUAAUUGCCCCCACAGAUGGGUGAAGUGCGAGGCGGUCUCGGGGAGAGGUAGCCCCUGUAUUCGAGCCGACCGUGCCACUUCCGAUCAGGCGCUACAGCGAAUCCGUCUGUGUGCGUGUCCCGAGCAAGAGGGCCCCGUGUCCCGGCUGAAUAUCCCGACGAAAGAGGCGAAGAGGAGAGAAGUUUCCGCGCUCUCUCUCUCCUAA